AUGCGAAUGCUGCCGUGGCUGCUCGUGCGCUUGGUUAUUGUUUGUUCCAUAGUGGCAAUCAUUUUGCUGCUGGUCUCACAAAAACAAGAAUUGACUCCCCCUCAGCACUCGCGUGAGGAAGCUAAAGGUAUAGAUACAAAAUCUCGCCAAGCUUUGCCUCACCCUACAGUCCAAGUACUAGGCAAAUUUCCUCAUGAUGCUAAGGCGUUCACGCAAGGCUUUACAAUUGCUAAGCACGGUCAGGAUUCAUAUUUUCUCGAAUCAACGGGUCUGUAUGGAGAAUCAACAUUGCGGUUUGUAGAAAUUGAGACUGGAAAAGUGCUGAAGCAGCACAAGCUGUCAAAUGAACAUUUUGGAGAAGGUUUGACACUCGGUCCGAACGAUAAAGUGGUCAUGCUGACGUGGAAGAGUAAAACCGGUUUCGUCUUCGAUUUAGAUGCAAAGGGUAGAAAUUUUGCACUUCAAGGUGAAUUUAAGUUCAAAACCGUAACAGGUGAAGGCUGGGGCAUUACUUUUGACGGCAAUAAUUAUGCGGUGUCAGAUGGCUCAUCAAUCAUCUCGUUUUGGGAUCCAACAACAAUGACAGAGACCAGGCAUAUCGACGUUAUGACUGGCCUUGGCACACAAAAAGUUCUCUACAUCAACGAGCUCGAGUAUGCCAAGGGAUUCAUUUAUGCAAAUGUGUGGUACCAACCAUACAUUUUGAAAAUCAACCCUGACACUGGUGCUGUCGUCACGAUAUUCGAUCUGUCCGAUAUUAUUAUUGAUGCUGGCGUUGACGUGAACUCUGGUGCUGUUCUCAACGGAAUUGCGUACGAUAAAGUACAGGAUGUGUUUUACAUCACGGGUAAGCUAUGGAACGCUGUAUACAAAAUUCAUCUGAUUGACUCUGUAGAUUAA